AUGUGCCACAACGUAUUUGCGGAUUUCAAGUGCACCGAACAAGAAGCUCCCACUAUCGAAUCCAUCAAGUUAUCGCCAAUAACUAAAAAGUGGGUGCACAUCGAUGAUGUAAGCAUAAACACAGAAAAUAUGCUGACAGCUUGGCUUAAUGACCAGGUAUUUUUCUCAAUUAAUAUCAAGAACAAGCACUGGUACUUAUGUGUUGUCAACGCCGACCUACGUACCAUUGAAAUACUGGACUCAUUUGGGCCUAGACAAGAUCUCUCCUUAGUCACUGCAACGCUCGUAGGGUUGAAGAUCUAUUUAGACAUCUCAGUACAGGAACUAGGAUCGCAACCCAAUAGGUGGAGGGACAACAAGGUCACAACUUGGCUAGUCAAAAAUGAAGUGGACAUGCCAAUGCAAGAGGAUGAUUCCUCGUGCGGAUUGUUCACGCUCAAAUUCAUGGAAUGUUGGACAGGAUUCAGUCUACGCCCCACAUUUACACAGGAGGAUAUAAUCAAUUUCAGACUUAAACUAGCGGCCAUUUUAGUGCAUUCUCCCCUUAACAAGGUAGAAGAAAGCCCUGGGUCAGGAUCAAAUGAAGAGCAGUGAAAUAAUGACUGCCAAGGUGAAGAUGGAGACAUGCAAAUAGUUUAAGACCAAAAG